AUGCCGUUGCCGCGGAGCAAGGCUAGGAGGAAGGGCUUCCGGUCGCAGCUGGAGCAGGAGGUGCUGCGGCUGCAGGAGGUGCUGCGGGAGGAGACGGCGCUGCACGCCAUCCUCGACAACGCGCUCGACCACGCCGCCGUCACCCUCGCCGACAUGUCCUACCUCCCCACCCACGCCCAGGAGCUGCUCUCCAACAUCUCCGCCAUGGAGGCCGCCGUCUCCACGCUGGAGGAGGAGAUGGUCGCCCUGCACUUCCAGCUCAUCCAGGAGCGCAACGAGCGGCGCCUCGUCGAGUACCGCGCCAACGCCAAGCAGCGGCCGCUCCCCCUCUGCUCCCACCGCUCCGCCGCCAAACCCGAGCCCGAAUCCGACGACACGGCGAGCGACACCAGCAACUCCACCAGAGGGGAGAAGCCCCACCCCAGCGCCGCGGCCCCGAAGCUGCACAGGCAGUUCUCCGUCAAGGCCCUCGGCGGCGGCGCCAACCCGAACCACCUGUCGGAGGACAUCGUGCGGUGCAUGCGGAACAUCUUCAUCUCGCUCUCCGACUCCUGCCGGGAGGCCUCCCGGACCACCCCCUCCUCCGCCGCCGGGGAGAGCCAGCGUGCCGGCCCGUCGCCCAGUGGGAUCGCCGCCUUCUGGUCGCUGUCCGAGCCGUCCUCCAUCUCCUCCUGGGUGCAGAGCCCCCAGGUCGACCUCAACCAGAACAACAACCUGCUGGCAUCCGAGACCGUCUUCGACCCGUACAAGGCCCGGGAGAAGCUCAGCUGGGCCGACAUCGGCGGCUACGGCGCCGCGUCGGAGGUCUCGUGGAUGUCCGCCGGGAAGAAGCAGCUCGAGUACGCCGCAGAGUCGCUACGGAAGUUCAGGUUGCUGAUUGAGCAGCUGGCAGAAGUAAACCCUGUUCAUCUCGGCGACGAUGCGAGAUUGGCGUUCUGGAUCAAUCUGUACAACGCAUUGCUGAUGCAUGCUUAUCUUGCUUAUGGUGUUCCACGAAGUGACAUGAAACUGUUUUCACUAAUGCAAAAGGCUGCAUAUACAAUUGGAGGGAAUUCAUUCAGUGCAGCAUUCAUCGAAUAUGUUAUUUUGAAGAUGAAGCCGCCGAAUCACAGACCACAGAUGGCUCUGCUUCUUGCCCUUCAGAAGAUAAAGUCACCUGAGGACCAGAGAAAGUUCUGCAUUUCAACAGCGGAACCACUUCUGACAUUUGCCCUCAGCUGUGGAAUGUAUUCUUCGCCUGCAGUGAAGAUAUACACAGCCAGCAACGUAAGGGAAGAGCUUCAGGACGCGCAGCGCGAUUUCAUCAGAGCAUCGGUAGGAGUGAGCCGAAAGGGGAAGCUUCUGAUCCCCAAAAUGCUGCACUGUUUUGCGCGAGGAUUCGUCGACGACAACAGCUUCCCUAUCUGGAUAUCGCAUUUCCUGCCUCAGCAGCAGGCUACAUUCGUCGAGCACUGCGUGUCUCAGAGGCGGCAAAGCCUCCUGGGCACCCGGACUUUCGGCAUCAUCCCGUUCGACUCUCGGUUUCGAUACCUCUUCCUGCCUGAUAUGGGAUCAUCGAACUGA